AUGGAUGAGACUGAGGCGACAUGGGAGCGAUUCGUCUCUUGCAAGAGCUUGCUGACCCAGUUUCAACACUUUCAAACUUUGCAGCAGGGCGGCGGCUUCGGGGGCAUCUUGUCCUCCAGCUCUAGCAACGCCAACUCGGAGACGUCGGCCUUGAUACGCGAGCUGACGGUCAGGCCCGUGUCGAAUCUUCUCUCGGACGAGGCUGUGCAAGGGCUGGCUAAACAUGAUCGACUCGUUGACUUCAUCCAACUUGUUUUGAGGUCAAGGUCGAGAAACACGCCAGGCACGGCUGCUCGUGUUCAAGAGAUCGCUGUUGUUGGGAUCAAGGUGGAGGCGCUUGGGGGACAGACGAAUUCGCACGAUCAACCGGUCUCACGCACCCACCGAGUGGCCUAUGGCCGCAAGGUCGAGGCAAUACACUCCGGCCUGGUGGUGGACAAGCCGGCGCAAGAGCUCCAGAACGUCCUCCUCGCCGAGCUGGGCGACAUCAGCCCCGACCACGCCCCCGCCAUCGUCAACGCCGUCCUCGCGCCACUGCUGGAAGCCUCCAAGCGUCAGUUUCCCGAGAAGGAGAUGAGCGAGGAGGCCGCGGCGAGUUUUCUCGUCGUCCUUGACAUCCUCCCUAAGGUGCUCAGCGUCACCGCGGGGGUGCCGGCCCUAUCUGAUGAAGAACCCGUGCCCGAAAAAGUGCGGGGGCUCUCGGGCGCGCAGUACAAGGAUCGGGUGGUGUCUUGCCUGUUCCGCGCCCGAUGGCCAGGUGCGGUAUCGGUGGGCAUGUGCCAGACGCUGAGAGAUCUGGAUCUCGGGGAGAGGCAUCUGUCGGUAGCGGUGUCUCGGGUGCUGCGGCACCUGCGCAAGAACGCCAAGCUUCACGACCUCCCGGCGCUUACGUAUCAGCUGCUGCUGCUGGCUGGCAGGGGAUGCAAGGAGGCCGCUCUCGAGGGCGUGAUCCAAGUGUUUAACAGGCUUGACGCGGAAGCAGCUGACCGGGAGGACGCCGCCGCCGGAGCGGCCGGCGGCAUCCCAAUUAGGCCAAUAAGCGGCGGCGGCGGCGGCGGCGGUGGUGGCUCCAUCGGUUGUGGGGGGGGCGGGGGGCUCGGGACUAACAGCACCGAGGAGCUCCGGUUCGUGGAGGGCACCAUCCUCCUGCACUUCAACUUCGCGAUGAAGCAGGACCACAGCCUUGCGAGCUGCGUGCUCAAAGGUUUCCAGAGGAGGGCCGCCGCGGCGGAGGUCGGUCGCGCCUUCACUCCGUUCCGCCUCGCACUCCUGCUCUCCCUCUCUCGCAUCCAGCGGUUCCAGCAGCCGGUCCUGGACCUGGUCGAGGAGAUCGUGUCCGACUGCCUUGUGUACGACCACCUCAGGGAGGGCUCCGCGUGGCUGGAGAGCGAGGAAGAGGCGGCACGGGGGGGGCGGCGGUGGCAGCGCUAUGGCGGUGCCGGCGCCGGCGCCGGCGGGGGUAGAGCGGAAGGAAGAGACGGCGGCGGUGGCGGCGCAAGCGACGGAGAAGACGGUGUUGGCGGCGGCGGCGGCGGCGGCGGCGGCGGUUCGUCCUCCUCGGCCAAGGCGGUCGAGAGGGUGCUCUUGACGGUGGUCGCUUUCAGCAGGGGCUGGGACCACUUGGUCGACUCUCUUCUGAGGCUUGGGCUCAGGCUGCUCGACCGCGGCGGCGGAGGGGCGGCGGGAGUGUCGUCCUCCCCCGGAGCGGUCGGCGCGUCCAGGGGUAUGCUGGAGAAGCUCCAGGGGGCGCAGAGCCACCGGGCCGCCCUGCGGGCUUCGUACCUAGGCCGCGUGGUGCUGAUGGAAACAUUCAAGACCCACGAGGUGGUUCGCGACCAGGUGCUGAGCGCGGUGCUGGAGCAAGUGACGGCUCGCUCGCAGGGGGUGCUGGGCUACGUCAAGCUCCUGGGCCUGCUGGUCCAGCGCUACCCGAAUCUCCUCCUCGGGAAGGCGGCGGCCGUGCAGGACGUUUUCGGGUACAUCUCGGUGCUCCCGCCGACGGUCGCCGAGCGCUUUCUCCAGGCCGUCUCGCCCCUGAUGCGACUGCGCCCUGGUCUUCAGGACUCGGUAGUCCUUCCUCUGCGCAAGGCCCUCUUCAGCCGCGAGGAACGCGCCCGCCUAGUCGCCGUCGGGGGCCUGGUGCUGCUCUUGAAGGCUCAGAGCCGAAACGCGGCCGCCGUUGGGGGUCGCGGAGGUUUGAGCGGGGGUUCGAACGGGGGCACGCAGAUGAGCCAGACGAGCCAGAUGAGUGAGGGGCAGCAGGUGGCAAUGGCUCUGCCGUUCCCGCAGGCGGCGGGCAGCGGCGGCGGCGGCUCCGCGUUGUCUCUCGCCGAAGGCUUCGGUCUCCUGAGGAGAUGCCUGACCCAGCAGAUGGUGGUGCGCGCCAAGCUCUACGACGGGCUGUUGUCCUGCUUUGUGCAAGGGUGGGUCGACAGCGUGUCCCUCCUCGUCGGACAUUUACGCCGGUUCGUGAGCCUCCCACCGCCGGUAGAUGGAGGGCUGGAGGGCACGGGCCCGAGAAACGGCGGGGGUGGCGGCAGCGGCAGCGGUGGCGGCUCACCGCUCCUCUUGGGCCGUUGUCUGGACUCCGCGGGGGAUAUCGUUGAGCCUCUCCCGCUUCUCCUCGGCUGCCUGCACCGCAUGCUGGUGGCGGGCAGGGAGAGCCUGACUGAGCAUGCGCACAGCAGCAACAGCAGCCUGAGCAGAGGUGGGGGAGCUGUCGACCCGGAAAACAUGCUUGACGAUGACGACGGCGACGGGCCUCUGGGACCGGCAGAGGCGGCGGCGGCUGCCGUUGCGGGGAGGCUUCGAGAGACCCUGAACAAGGUGGAAGACGACCUUCGCAGGCUGUCUGCGGCCCUCUCCGGCUGCCCGCUGUCAGAGUUCGACCUUGACAAGGUAGCGGACUUCUCCCCGAGCGGGGGGCUUGCUGCCAGGACGAAGCUGGCCACCGCCGCCCUCCUUUGCGGCUCCUACGAGGCUCUCAUGCAGGGCUCGCUCCUUCUCCCGGCGACCGUCGGUGGGCAACGCUCGGCGGCGGCGGCGGCUGCAGUCUCGCCAGUCCAUGGCUGCAGCAAGCUCCCCACCCUCGCUUCCGUCCAGGGCGUCUUGCGGCUGUUCGACUGCCGCCAGGCCCUGCUAGAUCUGGUUCGACCUAGCCUCCCGACCGCGGCCCAGCAGAGGCCGAAGAAAGGUAACGGCGGGGCUGCCAGCAACAGCAAUAGCAGCAGUAACGGUCUCUGGGGUGAAUCAGAGAGUUCUUCUGGAGGUGGAGGAGGGCAGCCGGGUUUUUCGGCGGCCGGCUGCUUCGGCCUGACGUUGUACCCGGGAGGCAUGCCGUGCCUAGGCCUGGUGUUUGUGGAGGAUAUGCUGGCGGUGCUCAACGUCGAUGCGUCGAGUGGCGAGGAGACCGAGGGGGACACGGAGCGCGACCCGGGGCAGAUUGAGGUCGACCUGUCGGGAGAUGGUCCGCCGACAGAGGUGGGUUGUCACGGUGGAGCCAGAGAAGACCUCGGUCUGCAACGCCUCGCCCUGGAGACCUGCCGCGGCCACCUGCGCUGCCUCCGCGCCGGGGCCGCGCAGCCCAGCUCCGGCGGCGGCGGCGGCCUCGCGGUCGACGUCGGGGGCGGUCCUUCCGCCGUAGGGGUCGCCGGCGGUGUCCACGGAGGAGGGCCGCGGGACGAGGCGGACGCCGGGAGGGCCGGCAAGGCGGCGGUGAAGAGGUGCGCGGUGCUCGCCCCGCUGCUGCUCAAGGAGUUUUUCCGGCAGGUGACGACAGGGAACACAUCCGGCGCCGUCAGGGACGCCGCCGCCGCCGCCAAGGCUUCGAAAGGGAAGGGCAAGAGCGGCGGCGGGGAUAAGGGCACGAAGAAGAAGACGUCGUCCGCCCCUUCCGAGUCUCUCGCGGAGGUGGCGCUGUCCUGCUUCGAGGAGUGCGUGUGCAUCGCGGCGCACUGCUCCCCGCAGAAGGGCACGGCGGCCUCGCGCACGGCCAAGAUGCUGGCGGCUGCCUACGAUAGCUUCCCCGACUCCAACGUAGCGCCGGCCGAUCCCGCCGCGGGCCGUGGCGGGAGCGGAGGCGGCGGGGGGGCGGCGGUGGCUGCUGGGGUGCUGGGCAGACACGCCGAAGGCCUGGUGAACACCUUCGUGAGCCUUGUUGGGGGCGAACAGAUAAAAGAGGCGGAAACGGUGUGCCGCAUCCUGUCGCAGCUGAGCCGGCUGCUGAGGUUGCACCCGAAGAGCCUGGAGACCCACGGGGCGUCCCUCAAGCGCGUGUGCGAGCAGCAGAACAUCAAGUGCCCCGGCCUUGCCAAGGCCGUCGCGCACAUGUCCAUGAAAUCCAAGGGCGGGAGAAUCGCCGCCCUGCACGAUUUGGCGAGGCAGGUCUCGGCUUGCCUCGGCCCCCGGGAGGAGGACGAGGAGGAGGACGAUGAGCCUCCGGUGGUGACCUUCCAAGUGAUCAACAACUUCACAAUGAAUGCGAUCAACGACGUUACCGUCGGAACGGUGCAGGCGUGCAUCGGCGACGUGGAAUACGCGCUGCGCCUGCUGCAGAAGGCGGCCCUGGCCAGGCAGGCCCGCGUAUCUGCGCAGACGCCCGAGGGGAUGCGGAGCUUGCUUUCUCGCGGUGGCGGCAGGGGUGGGGCGGGAGAAUCGCAGUCAUCCGGAACGGCUUCCGAGGCAAGUGAUGACGACGACCUCAACUCUGACGACGGGUCCUGCGCCGACUUCGGCCGCAACUCUGACUCGGACGAAGACGCCGCUGGGAUAAGGAGCGACGGCGGGGUCGGCGAGAGAGACCCCCUCGAUCGCAGGGAGACCCUGGUGUGCGACCGCCUCCGCGUGGUGAUGAACGCCCUGACCGUGCUGCUGGCGAGCAAGAUGCCCGGGAGGUCUGUGGAGAAGCUGGUGUCGAGCGCAACCCGCGUGUUCCGCACCAUGACAAAGGUCCUCAAGGUGCGACUGUCGCUCAAGAAGGCCUACAUUGGCGCGGGCCUCAAGCAUGUGCUGGCUACCAAGCAGGGCUUCACCAAGGCCCUCCAAGAACUCCUGCCGAACCUGAACGGCGAGGACGAGACGACGAAGACGAAGAACAAGAUGACCAAGAACAACGUCACGAAGAACAGCAUCACCCGCCAGAGCCGUCUCGUGCCCGCCCUCAUUUUUCAGAUCGAAGAGUGCGAUGUCCAGCUCCUCCUGCUGGGCAAGCUGUGCAAGGGCUCGCUGGACCUACCCAAGUGGGUGACCAGCCGCGUCGACCGAGACUUCAGGAUCAACCAGAAAGUGGUCGCCGAGUGCCAGGAGGAGGUGAGGGCCUCCCGGCAGAAGCGCAAGCGCGAGGCCACCGGCAAGAAGAAGAAAGACACUGGCUCUGCGAAGAAGAAGAAGGACGCGAAGCAAAACAAGGCGAAGCAAAAGGCGGCAAGGAGACGACGGGGAGGAGGAGGAUCAGGAAGUAGAGGAGGAAGAGGAGGGAGAGGAGGGUUGCGACGGGGGGGAUCAGGAGGAGGAGCAGGAUGAUGGCGAAGAGGAGGGAAGCGGCGACGACGAGUAGACAAAGUGUCACGGGCGCCCCCCCAUCUCGUUCAUGACGGCUUCAAAAAACCUUGUCAAUAGUACAGCAGUAUUACAAACGUGUAGUAUUAGCGUUGUGGCGUUGUUCACUUGUUUUUCUUUUCGCGGACGAUGAGAAAAUCCGUGAAAAUAUCAUUUGCCCGAAAGACGCGCUAGUGUAGGGAUCCACAUUCGUGUGGGUCCAGGGUACGUUGCGAUUCCAAGUCUUGGAGUCUUGGGCAACAGACGAAGGAAACGGCAGAGCGGGCGGACAUGAUGUAUGUACGGGGCAAUCGAGCGCGUUUCACGCCAUGCGUAGAUCGGGAUACAUACAUAGGAGAAGGGAAAGAGGAGGCAAGCAAACAUCUGCUGUUGGUUCGGCAGUCGAGACAAUUUAUCAGGAGGCUUGUGUACAAUAGACUACCACGCGAGAGAAACCAGAUCAGAUAUUUGUGGCUAGAUUUGCAUGUGGAUGCGGAUGUUGGGGGAUUCAUGCGGUAUGGCUGCAACCAUGUGGAUGCAUAUGUUGAG